CACGUUAUUUUUUCCCAUACUGACCAUGACAGAUAAGACAGCACCCGGGGACCUCAGCUAGAUAAAAGUUACUUUAAUGCUCAUUCGGGAAAAGGAAUCGUUCCAUCAGUAAGUGGAAGGAUUAGGGAAGUCAGAAAUUUGUGCUUUUUAAUAACUGUUUUACAGUCAGUUUAACUGUGUCAUUAGAAACAACGCGGAAACGCUGUCAAAAAGAUAAUCAAAAGUUUUCUUUCUUCAAUAUUUCUUUAAAUUACAUUAAUGUAACUAAUUAACAUCAUCAGACUUUGAAAAUAUUAAUUUGCUAAUACUGACUUUUUUUUUCUCAAAUGAUCUUUUUUUAAAAGAUGAGGGAUUUGUCUUUGUAAGCGAAUAGAAUUUUUUUCAGUAAGUAAAGUUGCUGGAAUUGCUUCACACAACGAGGUAUCUUACGCUGUUUACUGGUAGAUAUAUCGUCUCAAAUUAGAUACAUAUAUUUUUUAUUGUGUGAAACGGUGCGGUUCAUCAAUCCCGGUUCAAGAGCAAUCUAGAGAACUGGGUCCAGAGGCUAAUUCUCCAUAACUGGUCUGGAGAGGCUGAACCGGCAGGAGCAGUUCAUGGUCACGAUUGCGUUUACAUGUGUGUUUCUGCAGACUCGUGUUCUGCUCGGUCAGAGCACCUCACACAGGGUUGGUCAUUAGCGUCGGACUGUAGCUCUGUUCGAAAGCCGAGCCUGUUGCUGUUAGUUGCUCUGCCGCCAUGGCUUUCUCAGACCUUCUGGAGCUGGUAGGCAGCACUGGACGUUUCCAGAUCAUCCACGUCACGCUGCUCUCCUUGCCUAUCCUUAUGAUGGCCAGUCACAACCUCCUCCAGAACUUCGUGGCCUCCGUGCCGCCCCACCGCUGCCGAGCUCCAAAGAACUUCUCAGCGCCCCACUUGGACCCUGGCCAGGCUGUGGGGCUCUUCGUGCCGCUGGAGGCCGACGGGCAGCUGUCUAAGUGCCACCGUUACGCUACUCCUCAGUGGCACCUCCAGGCCAGCAAUGCCACCUCCAGAGCUACUGCAGAUACCCUUAGCAAAGAGUUACAGGGAUGUGAAGACGGCUGGGAGUACGACACGAGCGAGAUGAGCUCCACCAUAAUAACUGAGUGGGACUUGGUGUGUGACCUGCGCUCGUACAAGCAGAUGGGCCAGAGCGUUUACAUGGGAGGGGUUUUAGUGGGAGCAGUGGUAUUCGGAGGUCUGGCGGACAGGUUUGGUCGCCGGAUGCUGCUGCUGUUGUCCCACCUCCUGAUGGCCGUCUCGGGGACGUGUGCCGCCUUCGCCCCCUCUUUCUCCCUCUUCUGUCUCUUCCGCUUCCUUUGUGGCAUGGCGCUGUCCGGCAUGGUGCUCAACUCCUUCUCGCUCAUCUUAGAGUGGAUUCCCACCAAAGUGCGGACCGUCGUGGGCACUGCCACGGGAUACUGCUAUACCAUGGGCCAGAUGAUUCUGGCUGGGUUGGCUUACUUCAUCCGGGACUGGCGCUGGCUCACCCUGGCUGUCUCCAUACCAUUCUACAUCUCCUUCCUCUACUCCUGGUGGCUGCAGGAGUCGGCACGCUGGCUAGUGCUGCGCAGGAAGCCGGAGCAAGCUGUGAAAAACCUGCGCUUCGUAGCCCAGAUCAACGGCCGCGAGGCUGAGGGACGCCGGAUCAAUGCUGAGAUGCUGCAGGAGUCGAUGAUGAAGGAGAUGUCUUGCUCUCAAGGAACUCACUCUGCGAUGGACCUGUUCCGCACAUCUGUCAUAAGAGUCAUCACCAUCUGCCUCAGUGCCGUCUGGUUCUCUACAAGUUUCGCCUACUACGGCUUAUCCAUGGACCUCCAAAAGUUCGGUGUGGACAUCUACCUGAUCCAGGUGAUCUUCGGGGCGGUGGACAUCCCCGCCAAGGUCGUCGCCGUCGUGUGCAUGAGCAAAAUUGGCAGACGGCCAUCCCAGUGUGCCGCCCUCAUCCUGGCCGGGGUUACCAUCCUCGCCAACCUGGCAGUGCCGUACGAGAUGCAGAUCCUGAGGACCAGCCUGGCAGUUCUGGGCAAAGGCUGCUUGGCCGCCUCCUUCAACUGCUGCUACUUGUACUCUGGAGAGCUUUACCCCACGGUCAUUCGCCAGAACGGGAUGGGCUGGGUCUCUAUGAUGGCCAGGGUUGGUGCCAUGGUAGCCCCCCUGGUUUUGCUUCUGGGGGAGACGGUAGCCUGGCUCCCUGGCCUCAUCUACGGGGGGGCUCCCAUUAUCGCCGGGAUAUUUGCGAUCUUCUUACCGGAAACACUGGCCGUACCUCUUCCGGACACCAUUCAGGACAUGGAGGAGAGAACCUACAGGAACCAGCCCUUUGAGAGCUCUUUCAAAGAGCAUGAAGUUACCCUGAAAAAUUUUGCCAGCUCAGUCCAGAAGGAAGUGAUGUGACACGUCACUCCAUAGGGUCACCAGCCCUGUCUUCAGUCUGCGUGUAUAUGCAUGGAGUGGAUCUGCCACCUCAUGCGGACCAAAGGGGCAACCCAGGAACACGCAGAGCUGUUUUAUCUUCCAUCAUGUUGCUACAUUUUCAAGUGAUGGUUUAAUUGUUGUCUCUAAGUUGCCUGUAAUGUAUGGUUGUGUGUAUGUGUAUGUCCAGUGAUGGACUGGCAUCCAGUCUGGGGGAGGGGCACCCCAGCCCUCUGCCCUGUGAUGGCCUGGCAACCCAUCCAGGAUGCCCUCCUUCCUUGUGCCCUGUGUCCACCAUAAGUCCCCCAUAAUCCAAAAUAAUUUAAUGUACUGCAUUUACUGAGAAGGUGCUGUUGGAAAUUAUGUAAAUAUUAAAUGAUUAUAUUUCAUCCAUUAUA